AUGAACCCCGCGGACAGACAAAUCGUAUACAGAGACAGCAAACGAAGCCGUCGACCAACAUCCUGCGAACAAUGUCGUAUACGAAAAGCAAAAUGUAACCGUGAACUGCCCUGCGAAAGCUGCAUCAAACGCGACGAAAGAGCAACUUGCAAGUACGCAAGCAACGCUAUCCGCAACCCCAAGAGCAGGAAUAGUAAUGUAGGUGAGCGGUUGAAAAGAGUUGAGAAAUUGGUUUCGGAGCUUGUUGGGGGUUCUGAAGUGAAUGAGCAGGUUUCUGUGAAUCAGAGGGGUAAUGUUGAUGAGAAUAUUCAAGAAGGAAGAAGAUAUAGACCACGCGGUAGUGGUGGUGUUACUGCUGCCAUUGAAAGAGAAUCGCCAAUCACAAGGAAGACGAGAGGCCAUAUAGAGAAUACCCACUGGCUAUCGAUUCUGGAUGAUAUCAAAGAAGUCCGCGAACAGCUCGCUCAGUCGGAUAUAAUGACCUCUCCUGAGGACGAUGUGGACACUCAUGAGGAGGAGCAAGAAGAGGAGGAGGAAGAGGAGAUUGACUUGGUUUUGGGAGCUACACAGCCAUUGCCUACUUUUCAAGAGAUUAUCAACUCGCUGCCACCGAGGCCGAUUUGUGAUACGCUUUUGUCGCAGUAUUUUACCUCACCGAUGGUUUUGCCGAUUAUCCAUACUAUCAAGUUUCAGAACGAGUAUGAAAAAUUCUGGCACAAUCCAACCAAAGCACCACCCCUCUGGGUCGGCCUCCUCUUCUCCAUCCUCGCUUGCGUAGCAUCCGUCCAACAAGCUAUGCUAUCAACGACCGAAACCAACAACCAACAGCCUGCACUCCCCGUCAAACCAUUACGAUCCAAAACAGUCCAAUGCUUGAUAAUGGGCAACUACACAAACGCCAACUCCUAUGCUCUUGAGACGUUGGUCAUGUAUCUCCUAGGCACGUAUAUUGGUAAACCAGACUCCAGCUUCGACGGCUGGUUCUUGAUGGGGACUAUAAUCCGUCUGGCGAUGCGAAUGGGGUAUCACCGCGAUCCCAAUACACAAACAGAUAGCAAAAUCACGCCCUUUGAAGGCGAAAUGCGACGACGACGAUGGCACGCAAUUUUACAGCUUGAUACAUUAAUAUCCUUCCAAAUGGGAAUGCCGAGUAUGAUCCCGCCCGAGUUCUGCGAUACAGAGUCACCCCGUAAUCUGAAUGAUGAGGAUAUAUGGCCCGCCAUAGAAACACUGCCGCCCUCCCGUCCAUCCUCAGAUUAUACACCGGCGUUAUACACCAUCGCGAAAGUAGCGGUGAUGAAUAUGUUCCGCAAAGUGCUUGUUCACACCCACUCUUCCUCCUCGUCCUCUUCUUCAAAUCCGCCUUCAUACCCCGUAACAAUAGACCUCGACGCCAAACUGCGCGAAACAUACGCCUCAAUCCCCGAGACACUCAAAUGGAGACCCAUAAAUCAAUCGUUCACCGUGUCAUCGGGUCUGAUUAUCAAUCGUUGCACGAUCGAGUUGUUGUAUCUCAAGAGCGUCAUGGUGUUGCAUAGACGAUACCUGAACACAGAACGCCACGAUCCGCAGCGGGAGUUUUCGAGAAGAGCAUGCAUCAAUGCUGCCCUUGAGGUACUGGCGCGUCAGACGGAGUUACAUGACGCCACUUCAGGACCCCAUGGACGGCUGUACGAGGAUAGAUGGAUGGUCUCGUCCCUGACGGCGCAUGACUUUCUGCUAGCUUCAAUGGUUAUUUGUCUUGAGCUCUCUGUACUCAUGAGAUCACCCUCUUCUUUAUCUCCUGGAAAAGCAGGACAGGGACAGGUAACAUCUCCACACUUCUCGAGAUUACUAGACGCCUUGCUCAAUUCGCAACGCAUCUGGGCCUCGAAAAGCGCAUACUCGAAUGAAGCGCGUACCGCGGCGCUGACGUUGCAGUUGAUGAUUGACAAGGUGCAACAAAACACCACCACCACAUUCUCUUCCGGCGAAAAGCACGAGCCGAAUAAUUAUAACAACAAGAAAAAGAAUCAGCCUCCUGCUGCAAUGGAGUCAUCAUCCGCACAUGUACACACCGACCCGCAACCUCGCGAGACAGAAAAAGAAACGGAGGCUUUCAACCUCCCCUUCGCAGGUACAAUGACAGAUAUGAUCACUGGAUCCGAAAAUCUAGACUGGGCCUUACUAGAUCACUAUCUCCAAAACACAGGCUCCGCAAUGCCGCCUGGUCCCGCACCAGGACAUUCUGGGGCGGGAAUGUUUGUUCCGUAUGACGAUGAGUGGGGGCUAUUGGAUGUUGAUAUGGGUAUGGAUGUUAACAUGAGUAUGGAUGCGAGCAUGAAUCUAGAUCUAGGGCCGGAUGGGCAGGGACACGGACAGGAGAUCGGGUAUUAUCAAGGUUAUUUUGGGUGA